CGGUGCGAGUUUAAAAAAGCCACUGCCUCCCUCCUGCCCGGUCACAAAACGGAGGUGAUCAGAGCGACCAACAGAAAACAGCCUUAUAAGCGAGAGCCGCUGAACCAAGCGUUCAAAACAAGCCCGUAUCCAUAGAAACAACAUGGAAGAAAAGAGAGGAGGGAGCAAGAACUAUGCUUGACGUCAUCCCGUCGCCCCGCCUCGCCUCCUGCUGAAGCCUGAGACCAAUAGGAGGCCGGCAUUUCGGAGUUGAACUUUGCAUCUGCCCGCCCCCUCCGUGCUGUAGACGGGAAAUAUCCUUUUGACCAUGGCUGACAACAGUACCCUCAUGUCUGAUACAGGAAGGAGUCUCUUGGCAGAUUCUUCCAUUCUUGACUCCAAAAUUACAGAAACUUCCAAGGAGAACAUAUUCACUGGAUCUGCUUCAGAUGGUGAAGAUAUUGUUCAUUCUUUCCUCCCUCUCCCAACAAAAGAAAUGCCUCAGAUUGAAACGAGGGUGGUUCUGCUUCAAGAAGCUGCAAAAUGUGAAGAACUGCUGAAAGCUUUGGAAACCAUUAAGAUAAUGGAAGUUCCAGUUAUAAAGAUAAAGGAAGCUAGUUCUGGUAAAUCGGAAGAAAAACUAAUUAAAAGUAUUAUGCAUAUGGAAAUUAAAGUGCCCUACAUAAAGACUGAGUCAGUGGAUGAGUAUAAGGAUUCUGAGUCACCAGAAUUUGAGACAAUCUUCGUGAUAUCAGACUUUCAAGAUCCCAUUUUCAACACUUUGUACAAAGCUGACUGCAGAGUCCUUGGGCCCCCAAUAGUAUUGCGUUGUGCCAGAAAAGACGAGCCUCUGCCUUUCUCAUGCCGCCCACUGUACUGUGCCAGUAUGCUGAAUCUUGUGUUAUGCUUCACAGGAUUCAGAAAGAAAGAAGAAUUGGUGCAGCUGGUGACUUUGGUUCAUCAUAUGGGAGGGAUUAUUCGACGGGAUUUCAGUUCCAAAAUCACACAUCUAGUGGCUAAUUCUACACAAGGAGACAAAUUCAGGGCAGCUGUGAGUCUAGGCACACCAAUCAUGAAAGCAGAGUGGAUAUAUAAGGCCUGGGAGAGAAGAAAUGACAUUGACUUCUGUGCUGCUUCUGAGGAAUUCUGGAAAGAAUGUAAAGUUCCCCCAUUUCAGGACUGCGUGUUAAGUUUUCUUGGAUUCUCUGAUGAAGAGAAGAAGAACAUGGAAGAAAUGACAGAAAUGCAAGGUGGACAAUAUCUGCCUGUUGGUGAUGAAAGGUGUACUCAUCUCAUAGUUGAAGAAAAUACAGUAAAAGACCUUCCAUUUGAGCCAUUUCAGAGCCUCUACAUUGUAAAGCAGGAGUGGUUUUGGGGAAGCAUUCAGAUGGAUGCCAGAGCUGGAGAGUCUAUGUACCUGUUUGAAAAGCUAGACAGUCCUGAAUUGAAAACGUCGGUCUCGCAACUUUCUCUGAAUACUCCAAAUAGCAACCGGAAGAGACGUCGCUUAAGGGAGACCCUUGCUCAGCUGACCAGGGAGACGGAUAUGUCUCCCUUCCCACCUCGGAAACGGCCAUCCGCUGAACAUUCCCUUUCUAUAGGAUCUUUACUUGAUAUUUCCAACACACCAGAAUCAGGCAUGACUAAUGGAGAAACUCCAAAAUCAUGUGCAAAACCAUCCAAAAACUCAACUCCUUUUCUUCAAAAGCAGUCUGCAAGAUGGCAGGUUGCAAAGGAGCUGUAUCAGACAGAGAGCAACUAUGUUGAUAUCCUGACAACCAUAAUCCAGGUCUUUCAAGUCCCUUUGGAAAAGGAAGGACAGCUUGGAGGCCCCAUCCUUGCACCAGAAGAAAUUAAAACCAUAUUUGGCAGUAUUCCUGACAUCCUUGAUGUACACACCAAGAUAAAGGAGGACCUUGAAGACCUUAUGAUAAACUGGACUGAAAGCAAAAGCAUUGGUGAUAUCAUACUGAAAUAUUCAAAAGACUUGCUGAGAACGUACCCUCCUUUUGUGAACUUCUUUGAAAUGAGUAAGGAAACUAUUACUAAGUGUGAAAAACAAAAGCCGAGAUUUCAUGCUUUCCUGAAGAUAAAUCAAGCUAAGCCAGAGUGUGGUCGCCAGAGUUUAGCAGAACUGCUCAUCCGACCUGUUCAGAGGCUGCCUAGUGUGGCCCUUCUUUUAAAUGACAUAAAGAAACACACAGCAGAAGACAAUCCUGACAAGGCAACUCUAGAGAGAGCCAUUGAGUCACUAAAGGAAGUGAUGACGCAUAUUAAUGAAGAUAAAAGGAAAACUGAAGCCCAAAAGCAGAUUUUCGAUGUUGUCUAUGAAGUAGAUGGUUGUCCAGCCAAUCUCUUGUCAUCUCACCGAAGUCUAAUUCAGCGCCUGGAAACGGUUGCGCUUGGUGACGACCUCUGUGACAGAGGGGAGCAGGUCACCCUGUUCCUUUUUAACGACUGCCUGGAGAUUGCAAGGAAGCGGCACAAAGUCAUUGGUGGCUUCAAAAGUCCACAUGGUCAUACCAGGCCACCAGCCUGCCUCAAACACAUCAUCCUCAUGCCGCUGUCUCAGAUCAAGAAAGUACUAGACAUCCGAGAAACAGAAGACUGCCACAAAGCGUUUGCCUUGGUUGUACGGCCACCAACAGAGCAGACCAACUUGUUGUUCAGCUUCCAGAUAACAACUGAGGAACCUCCCAAGGAGGACUGGCUGAAGAUGCUGUGUCGGCACAUAGCUAACACGAUAUGUAAAGCAGAUGCUGAAGAUCUCAUUUUUGCUACUGACCCUGAUUCCAUUGAAGUAAACACAAAGGAUGUGGACAGUACACUGAGUAGGGCAUCCCGGGCCAUAAAGAAAACAUCCAAAAAGGUUACGCGGGCAUUCUCAUUCUCCAAGACGCCAAAGAGAGCACUCCGAAGAGCUUUGAUGGCCCACAGUAGUGUGGAAGGAAAGAAUUUCUGCUCAGCUAGUGAGAGUUACUUAGGGGGGCGUCUUGCCAGUACUUCAUCACUAGCAAUGACUCGCUCCUCUUCUACAUGCAGCUUAAAUGGACCAAUUAAACAUUUAGUUAGUGUGCAGCGUUCCAACUCCGUUGAUGGGAGCUCCCCAAGUGCUAGGCCGCGAUCUCUGAUACCUACUUCCCAUGGUCUGGAAGGGAGAAUUGCUUCCAGCUCUGAACACUUAAAUGGCCACUCCCUGGCUAGGCCUUGCCCAGUCAUCAGCAGCACCAGUGAUGAAGCGGGUGAUGACCAGAGGAGCUGCCUCAAAGCAUCCACUCUCCUUCCUUGAUCAACUUGCCUUCAGUGUUUGAAAAGAGGAGCCAUACCUUAAGUCGAUCAACUACUCACUUAAUAUGAAAUGGGCAGAAAAUGGAGUUUCACCUUAUCAUGUUGACUGACAAAAAGUGGUCUGGCUCUUUCAAGUGACCAUUUACUGACAGGGAUGGUGGUACUUAGCACUUAGUGGGAAUUAGUAAACAUUUUAGAUAACACUAAGUUGAGUUGUUGGAUCUGGCUACAAAAUAAGUGAAGGACUGGACCUUGGUUUGGAUAGAACAUAUUUGCACAAACUAGCUUACCGGCAUAAUGGAAAUAUUCUGCUUGGUGUAAAGACUACAUGAAUAAAUAGGUAUUGGACUUGACUGUUGAAAUUUAGAAGUUGCUCACUGAUACCCCCACUAGCUGAGGAUGGUGAAUUUUGUUUUUAAAAAUGAGCAUUUGUACAUUUAUAGGCUGACUGUUGCAACUAUUGCAUAGACCAACAUCUAAAGUGAAAUACUUCAUAUUUAAAAUAUAGACCUGUUUUUUAGCCUGAAUAUGUUUCAAGCAUGAUGAAAAUGCAGUGGUGGUGGUUUAGGGGAAAUGUUUCAACAUGAUGUCUAUUGGUCUAAUGCUGUUUAGCUGCUAGGUUUUACCUUUGUCCAACAAAAUGGAAACUCACCUGAAGUGGAAGCCCUAGAAAAAUCACUGUACUAAAUUGUAUUUAUAAUUUUUGAAUGGGGAACCAUUUUUUUUAAAGAAAGCUAUUUCUAAAAUAUAGUGAAACACUUAGUUUUUAAUAUACAAACUUCUCAUUCACAGAUUUCAGUAUAGAGAUGAAAAUGUAGAUCUGACUUCAGUAUCUACAGCUGCUAUGUUCCUUUAUCAAAGGCUUUCAUAUAAAUUACUUUGAAAACAUUCUUUUUUUACAUUUCUGGUAUUUUCUCACAGCAUAAACCUUUUUAAAAUCAAGCUUUCUCAAUAUAUUCCAACACUUUGUCUGGAGAUUAAGUUUCCAUAAUAAACUUUGUUUCUUGCUGUCUAUAUUUGGGGUGGGUGGGAUUUCUAACUUCCCGUUCUCUUAACCACAGAUUGGUAGUAACAAGUAAGUAUCACUUGUACCACUGUAUUAAUUUUGUGUAUCUUUUAAAAUUCUAUACUGGCAGAAACAUUUGUAAAUAAACAGAAUGGUUUAUUAUCUUAA